AGAGCCAGGUUAAAAGUCAAUCUACAACAAAAUAAUUUUAAGCCUGCAUUUUCAUACAAGGAAUGGCAAAAAGGACAGGACGCCUCAGACACCAACUGCCACACUGCUAUUAUGAAGGUUACUUGGAGAAAAGGUCUUUCAAAGAUAAGACAUCACGGAAGCUGUGGACCUGUUUAUGUGGAAACACACUGUUCUUUUUCAAUGACAAAAGAGACUCAGAUUACAUAGAGAAAGUGGAGCUGAGUGAUUUCGUCUCACUGACUGACGACAACAGCCUUGACCGAAACUUAGACGCAGCCAGAAUGACCCUCCAACUCAAACAAGAAAUCAUCAAAAUCACUGCUCCUAAUGCAGAGGCCAGGGAGCUGUGGAAAGGUUUCAUCCACUCCAUCGCUCACUUGUCAGUCCCUUCAUCUCUGAACCUACUUCCUGGACAGAUCCACAUACUCAAAGAGGCACUGGACAAGGAGAAGCUGAGAUUAGAAAAUAAUACAUCAGCUACAAUUCCUAGUGAUGCCAACUCUAGUCCAUAUAUUAACCCAUUAGCCGACAUGCCUGUCUGUUACCACAAAGUGAACCGCCUGCAGGCUGAGCUGAUGCUGGAGAGAGAGUCGAUGAAUGGAAACCUGCUCCUGAGACCUAGCGGCAAUGGAGCCUUUGCUGUCACCACAAGACAAGUCCUGGACAAGCCAGAGUUUAAACACUACCACGUGUCACGAAGGCCUGAAGGCGGCUUUGCAAUCGAUGUAGAAGAUCCAAUUCCCUGUGAGACACUGCACGACGUAAUCAACUUUUUCAUUCACAAAACAGACGGUUUACUGGCUCCACUGGUUCUAGAAGAAACGUACGAGAGGAGUAUCACGUUUAUUCAGUCAGAUAAUGAAAAUGGAGAAAAGAGUAUCCAGCACCCCUCGUCAAAUCCCAUCCCAAAUGUUCCUCCAAAACCAGUACAAGUCCUGACCUCAGUGCCAGAAUCAGAGUCUGUAAUUGAAGAGUAUAUCUACCUGAACGAUGUUCCGAUUGAAGAAAAGCCUGAAGUCUCCACCACUCCCCCUGCGCAAGUCACAGAGGUCACAAAGCCUCCAAAGAAAGCCAUAAUGCCACCUGUUCCUGCACCUCGCAGAAUAUCCUCUGCACCUGUAUUAAACCAACAGCCAGCUGCAGCCCUCAUUGCAACAGCGCCCCCUACAGUCAUCCGAGGCAGAUGUAACACAAAUCCAAUGGGAGAAGCUAUAUCCGAGCUCAAAUCAGUACUGGAGAGAAAGUCCAAGUGUCUGGAGUGACCCCUGCUGGUGCCUGUACUACACUACACCACUUUGUAAAAGACCUCUCCUCUGCCACAGCCAGAUGAGCCGUGUAUGCUUGAUGCUACUAAAGACUUUUGGAGAGAGAAGACAGGAGGUUUCCUCUUAUGCACAGUGUGCGUGACCUGAUGUUAAGUGAUAGAUAAAGUGUUUAAAUCUUCUGUCAUACGGAACACUCAUUAAGAAAUUGAGAGUGUAUUACCUGCGCAAGGCAUGACACAUUAUCUGCACCAUUUUUGCACAGUUUUCUAUACAGCCAAUUGAGCCAAAUAUUAUUUCUACUUCUAAGGCUGAAAAUAAAAUGUAAAUGUAAAUUUAUUCAAUAGUUCUGUUCAAUCUACACAGAAAACAGUAACUAAAGUAUCUAGGUUGAUAUGGUAUUCAUACUUGCAGAUUCCACUCAAAUAAAAUAUACAUUAG